GAACUAUGUGCCUGUCGGGAUACGCCCCUGCUGACUGCUCCUGUGGCUCCUCCCACAGGCCCCUGUAUAAAGGAGACCUGCGGCCUGAAGAUCGGCCUCAGUCUCCAGGACCUUGUAUGAUAGACACUCACUCCUGGUUCCUUCUUCCAGUCAAUAAAAGCCGAUAUCUCGCCUACGUCUCAGUGUGAGUUAUUGAUGGUGCAUCAAUUUUAUUGACUGGAAGUUUUAAAACAUGGAACCCGUUUUGCGUCCGGACCGGUUGGAUUUGGACCCUCAAGACCCUGACGCAGCUCUCGCUUUUGAACACUGGCUUGCAUGCUUCCAAUCGUACUUGGCGGAGCUUCGUGCGACUGAACCCGCCGUUAUGCACAGAAUCCUACUCUCGAGGGUCUCCUCCAAAGUUUACUCCUUUAUCCGGGACCUGCCGACCUACGAAGGGGCACUGGACGCCCUCAAACGACAGUACCUGCGGCCGGUGAACACCGUCUACGCAAGACAUCGCUUAGCUACCCGGCAACAGCGGCCUGGCGAAUCGUGCGCUGAGUUUCUCCGAGCACUACAGACACUCGUCCGAGCUUGUGACUGCAAGACGCUCACGGCAGAACAGCAUGCGGAGCUGCUGGUGCGAGACGCCUUUGUGACGGGACUGAGGUCAGUGUACAUGCGCCAGCGGCUGCUGGAGAACUCGGAUCUUACCUUAAGCUCGGCGAUAGAGAAGGCCAAUGCUCUAGAAGCUGCGCGGCAUAACGCCGACGCUGUCCAGUCGCGCGAUUCCCCGCCGGUUUCGUGGACGCCUCAGACCCCGCCACCGCCGGCUCCCGGGAGCGAAUUCGCCAACGCCGCCGCCAGUCGCGAUUUCACGAGCUCCCCGACCCAGACCACGGCUGUGGCCCGUAAGAAACUCGUGCUUUGUUAUUUCUGUGGCCAAAAGAAACAUCCUCGACAACGCUGUCCAGCGCGAGAAGCGACCUGCUCCAGCUGCGGAAAGCGGGGCCACUUCGCCAAGGUCUGUAAGUCUCAACCUCGAGCGGAGUGCAGCGCUGCGGGUGAAACGUGGGGGUCGCCAUCUUGCAUGCCGGGAUGUGGGCGGCCAUCUUUGUCGACGUCAGCACGCCCCGCCCCCGAUCCUCGGAUGCUGACCGGGUACCCCGGAUGUGAGCGGCCAUCUUUGUCGGCGUCAGCAUGCCCCGCCCCCGACCCUCCGAUGCUGACCGGGUACCCCGACGGCGAUCCAACUCUGGCCACUGUGACUCUCGACCAAAGUGCCCCACACCAGCUUGCAAGAUCCAUGAUGGACAUCCAGGUGGAGGGGCAUUGGACUGGAUGCCUGUUUGACACGGGCAGCACUGGGAGUUUUAUUCACCCGGACACAGUGCAACGCUGCGGACUUGCAACGCGGCCGGUCAGUCGGAGGUUCCAUUUGGCCUCUGGGUCGCAGUCCGCAGACAUCCGGGCGGGUUGUGUAGCGACUUUGGUGGUGCAAGGCACAGUAUAUCGGGACUUUGAACUACUGGUCAUGCCUAAUCUGUGUGCACCUGUGCUAUUGGGGCUGGACUUCCAGAGCCAUCUCGAAAGUGUGACUAUGGUAUACGACGGGCCCCUCCCACCACUCACUGUCAAGAAUCCUCAGUUUUGUGGGACUUCUUUACAUACCCCGCUACUGACCACACACACACGGACACACACAUCCCAUCCAGAACCAGGCCAACAGCUGCGCAACCGACACUUGCAGCCUCUCCACUCUCAAGAUCCCUCCCCCACCGCUGUUCGCCAACCUGACCCCCGACUGUAAACCUGUGGCAACCAAAAGCAGGAGGUACAGCGCGGGGGACCGGGCCUUCAUUCAGUCGGAGAUGCAGCGGCUGCUCAGGGAGGGGAUCAUUGAGCCGAGCACAAGCCCUUGG